UUUUUUUUUUUUUUUUUCUGGUGGCUUAUCGCUAUUUAAUUUUGAAGUAUUUCAUUCAUUCUUUUCAUUAUAACAUCAACCUUUGUAAAUAAUUUAUAUAAACCCAAAUAUUUAAUGACAAUUACCAAAAAAAAUUUAAAUUGGAAAAUCAAUUAUCUCGCCGCUCAAGUUGGUGAAGGAACACAUGUUCAAACUGCAUUGAUUGCUGCUUCAAGAGCAAAAUAUCAAAAGAUGCAUAACAAUGCACGAACAGAUCUAGAAAAAGAGGCAGAGGCUUUAAAACAAGAUCUUUAUAAUGCAAGAAAAUUAAAAUUAGAAACCAAACUCCAUCAAGCUCUCAGGGAAUUGAAGAGUGCAUUGAAGAAGGCAAAGGUCGCAGAAAUUCCUAAACAAAUCAGAAAAAUCAAAACAGCCCGUGAAUCGGUAGAAAAUUCCAAAGAGGAGAAAGAAAAAGACGAAGAGUCAAAAGCAGCAGAAGGAGAUAAAAAAGAAAAGAAACCUAAAAAGAAAUUAACUAAGGAGGACCUUGAAUAUUAUGAAAAAGAACUAGAAAUAUUAAAGAACGUUGAUUUAGAUGUACUUGCUAAAAAGACAUUAAAAAGCAAACUUCGAAAGCAUGAAACACUUAAAGAUGAGGAAGCUAUUAAAGAAGUGAUUGAUUCUUCUCUUAAAGUUGAAAAAACAAGUGAUCAAUUAACACAGAAUGUAGAAUCUCGAUUAGUUGCGAGCAAGCCUGUUCUUGUAGAAGUGAACGAGCUUUUAAAAGCUUUCCAAAACAUUAUUCGAGGAAACAUUGAAAAAAUUGAAAAACGAAAGGCUGAUGUAUUAAAAAAAAAGGAAGCUGAAGAAGCUAAAAAGCGAAAAGCAGAAGAAGAGGAGGUAAAGAAAUCGGAUGCUAAAAGAACACGUACAAAAUUAGCUGGUAGUUCAGAAUUUAUAGAGUCACUAGGAGGAGGAGGAGGAGUAUAUGAUGAAAAGGAUGAUGAAGAUUUCAAAAAGAUUUAUGAAGGUACUAAGAAGCCUAAUAGACCUGGUCAAAGACAAAGAAGAAAGCAAUGGGAAGAAAUGUAUGGCCGUGAAGCAAAUCAUAUUGCCUCGGCAUAUAAAAAACGUGAAGAAAAACGUCUUGCAAAUCCUGAUUAUAAGCCCAAAAAGAAGAAGUCUACACCAAAGCCUGCACCCAAACCUACUCUACCACACAAGAAAGAUAAUAUUCCUAAUGAACCAGUUCACCCUUCUUGGGAAGCUAAACGUAUUCAAGAAGAAAUUAUGUCAAAGGCUUUAAGUGGACAAGGUCUUUCAAAUAAGAAGAUUGUAUUUGACGAUAAUGAUUAGGCAUAAUAAAAAUUAAUAAAUAAAUAUAGAUUGUAUACACUAUUUCCCACUUUAAA